GGACGGAACGCUUCUUUCAACAGCAGCAACAGUUAGUCAGACACCUCGGUAGCUCGCUAGACAAAAUAGACGAACCAAUAAAGCUCUUUAGACGCUUUAGUAUAUAUUAGCCUCUGUGUUUUAAACCCACUAUUGUUGUCUAGUUAGUUAUCCGAUUUAUUUUCAUAUUUACGGUGUUGUUAUUAGUCAGUUAGCCGACUGAUUUAGUUAGCAUUAGCCUAGCUAGCUAAUAUCUCCGACCAUGAGUUCACUAAGCUACUCUUUUCCUGCUAAAGAAGGGGAGGUCUGCUGGACGGAGAAAGAAGCUCCCGUGAAAGAGGAGGACGAAGAGGUGGAUAUCUCAGUAAAACAAGAAGUAGAGGAUGAGGCCGUUACUGUGAAAGAAGAGGAAGACGCGUUCAGAGUGAAAGAGGAGGAGGAUGCAGUUUAUGGAGUGAAAGAGGAGGAGGAAACUGGAUAUCUGGGCCCGGUUUCUCAAACGAAUCUUAAUAAGGCAUCCAGUGGUUCUAACGAUGAAUUUAGCCACAAGAUGGUUUUGAGAAACCGUUCCCUGAUUAACACUAGAGAGAGACGUGACUAUCGUGGACCCUCUGGGGAGCCUCAACAACCUCAUGAUGCUGACGAGGCAGAGAAGAGUCUCUCCAGAUCAGAACUCCUCAAGAAACACCUGCAGAGACCCACAGGGAAGAUAAUUCACCGCUCUGACUGUGGGAAGAGAUUCACCUCAUCAGCAGGCAUUAGAAUUCAGCAGAGAGUCCACACAGUAGAGAAACCUUAUUGCUGUACUCAAUGUGGGAAGAGUUUUAAAACAUCUAGCCAUCUUAUUGUACACCAGAGAAUACACACAGGAGAGAAAUAUUAUAGCUGUGAUCAAUGUGGGAAGAGUUUUAUUCAGCUAAGCAACCUGAUACCACACCAGAGAAUACACACAGGAGAGAAACGUUAUAGCUGUGAUCAAUGUGGGAAGACUUUUACUCACGUAAGCACCCUGAUAUCACACCGGAGAAUACACACAGGAGCGAGACCGUAUAGCUGUGAUGAAUGUGGGAAGAGUUUUGCUAGGUCGAGCCAUCUGACUCUUCACCAGAGAACACACACAGGAGAGAAACCUUAUAGCUGUACUCAAUGUGGGAAGAGUUUUACUCAUUCAACCAGCCUGAUAUUACACCAGAGAACACACACAGGAGAGAAACCUUAUAUCUGUGAUCAAUGUGGGAAGUGUUUUACUCAGCUAAGCAGCCUGAUAUCACACCAGAGAACACACACAGGAGAGAAACCAUAUAGCUGUGAUGAAUGUGGGAAGAGUUUUACUGAGUUGAGCAGUCUGACUGUACACCAGAGAAUACACACAGGAGAGAAACCUUUUAGCUGUACUCAAUGUGGGAAGUUUUUUUUUACAUCUAGCCAUCUGAAGAUACACCAUAGAAGACACACAGGAGAUAAAUCUUAUAGCUGUACUGUAUGUGGGAAGAGUUUUGUUCAAUCUGGGGGACUGAAGGUACACCAGAGAACACACACAGGAGAGAAACCUUAUAGCUGUAAUCAAUGUGGGAAGAGUUUUGUUCGAUCUGGGGAACUGAAUAUACACCAGAGAACACACACAGGAGAGAAACCCUAUAGCUGUACUCAAUGUGGGAAGAGUUUUGUUCAAUCUAACCAACUGAAGAUACACCAGAGAACACACACAGGAGAGAAACCUUAUAGCUGUGAUCAAUGUGACCAGAGAUACUCUGAUAAAAGAUAUCUGAUUAAACAUCAGAAAAUACAUGCAUGAAGGAGUUUUUUUCAUGAUAUCAAACAUUGUAGAAGGAGUAUUUUAAUGUCACAAUGUAGAAUGUUUUAACAUUGUAGGAGUAUUUGGUUGCUGAUCGUCUCAAGGGUGAGCAGUCAAAAAGUUUUGUGUUUAGCCAGUGCAUCACUAUUUAUUUUGACUGCAAGUUUUUCCGUAUUGGAGCACGAGGGAUCUAUAGGUCCUCACAUAGAUCUAUAGUUCCUCACAUAGAUCUAUAGUUCCUCACAGAGAUCUGUAGUUCCUCACAGAGAUCUGUAGGUCCUCACAGAGAUCUAUAGUUCCUCACAGAGAUCUAUAGUUCCUCACAGAGAUCUAUAGUUCCUCACAGAGAUCUAUAGAUCCUCACAGAGAUCUAUAGAUCCUCAGAGAUAUAUAGAUCCUCACAGAGAUAUAUAGAUCCUCACAGAGAUCUAUAGGUCCUCACAGAGAUCUGUAGGUCCUCACAGAGAUCUAUAGUUCCUCACAGAGAUCUAUAGUUCCUCACAGAGAUCUAUAGUUCCUCACAGAGAUCUAUAGAUCCUCAUAGAGAUCUAUAGAUCCUCAGAGAUAUAUAGAUCCUCACAGAGAUAUAUAGAUCCUCACAGAGAUCUAUAGGUCCUCACAGAUAGAUCUAUAGGUCCUCACAGAUAGAUCUAUAGGUCCUCACAGAUAGAUAUAUUGUUCCUCACAGAGAUCUAUAGUACCUCGUAUAAAAAUAUGCUUAAUCAGAUGAUUGACAUGUGGAUAAUAAGCUUUAAUAUAACGUUAUCUUGGGGUUCCGUUACUUCACUGCCCAUCAGAGUAUCAUGGAGUGGUAUUGAGAGAGGAAUAAUAUUUUAGAAAGCAGCGGAAGGUCUAUAGUUCCUGGGAGGCUUGAUUUUGCCGUGGUUUCUGGGAGGUUAGAGAACCGUUGAAUUCCGGUUAUUGUCCGGGAAACAUACAAUUUUUUUUUUUUUCCGCUGAGAGUAUGUUUGGAGAGCUGCUUCGUAGCUGCAGAGAGUCCUUGAAAAAGCUAAUGGAAUGGUUGUCGUGAGUACCUGAGAAUUUCUUACGUUUUAUAUGGAUUCUAUGAAAAUAUGAUGAAUUGUAUGUGUGUAUAAUGAUUACUAGAGAUUUGAUAAAGUAAUACUGGGAAUAUAAUUAGAUACAAUUUAAACAAUCCAUAUGUAGACGAACGUAGGUUUUGAGUUGGUAUCUUUAAUGGAUAAUUUGAUAAAGAUGAGGUGAGGCAUUAUGAGGCAUUAUUAAACAGUCUACAAAGUCUGGGGGGGGGGGGAGUUGCUAUAUUUAUUGAAUAAAGCUUUUUCCAUAAAGUUAGAGUGAACCCCACCUAAGAAGUUAUUUGAAGAACCUUUUGGGGCUGUUUUUCAUUGUCAAGAACCCUACGGUUCUUAGGGGAUCUGAGAACAACUCCAGUUGAACCCUUCAUUUUUAGAGUUGACGUCGGCUCUAUUUACUCUCAGAUUCAAACAUGAUGAUUAGCAUCAACGAUCAUGUCAGCUGCUGCUGCUCCAAUGCAGUAUGAGGUGAGACGGUGAACUGAUGUUGAACUGGGCAGUCAGUCAUUCAUUCUGUACUAUUUCAUUCAUCAAUCGACUUGGAGUUAUAUUGUGUUGUUUAAGUGUUCCCUUUAUUUUUUGAGCAGUGUAUAUUCAAACACAGCUUAGUCUUUUGUUAAUCACCCUGUCAUCUCAGAUUUUGAAAUUAUGCUUUACAGCCAAAGCUAGACAAGCCAGCUGGUCUGCGCAUGCUCUGAGGGUGCGGCUGGGGAUGCGGUCAUGCGCAUGAAACAAGUUACCCGAUGGUUUGACUAUACUUUUCUCAUCAAUUAUUUUAAAUACUAUACUUAACUGGAAAUCAACAAAUCCUAAAUUGUUAACACAAUAGAAGGUCAAAUGCUUUUGUAUCUAAAGAUGUAAAGUGCUGGGUGACGGUGAGAAAUGAAAUGGUGCAGUUUGAGGCCAUGUGAUGGAAAGUGAUGCCUGGAGAUGGAGGUGUGUUCUAGUGGGUCUGGGCAGGUGUGAUGUAAUUAAUGGAGAUGGAUGUGUGUCCUAGUGGGUCUGGGCAGGUGUGAUGUAAUUAAUGGAGAUGGAGGUGUGUUCUAGUAGGUCUGGGCAGGUGUGAUGUAGUUCAUGGAGAUGGAGGUGUGUUC